AGCUUCGGGGAGCAAGAUAACACUGGCGUCAUUUCUUCAGUUACCACUUACCAGGCAGGCGAGCAAGCAUCACUGCAUGAGUUUGGACUUCAGACUACAGAGGUCAGGUGCAAAGAGGUUCAGAAGAAGUUCCUCAUUUUUCCUGUCCAAGAUCUCUCCAAAUCUUGUCUUAGCCGCCUUUCCAUUGUCAACGAGGCUGCGUAACUCCGGCAGUUCUAGCACGGCUGCUAGCAGAGCGACGACCGCCACCAAACAUCACAUCAUCUUUAGCCUGCCACUGCAUAUAUACGCUAGCUGCUUCAUCUGCCUCUAGACACGCUAGUGCACAUAGAUCAUUUGCCACAUACAAAUGGGCAGCGCCGUGGUACUGUACACAUGGAUGGUCCGCGGCCACCUCCACCCCAUGGUUCAGUUCGCCGGCCGCUUGGCCGGCCACGGCGCCCCCGUCACCGUGGCCAUCGCCGACGUCCCAUCGUCCGGCGACUCCCUUAAGACCGUCGCGCGCCUCUCUGACUCCUACCCAUCCGUCUCCUUCCACCUGCUCCCGCCGGCAACCGCCCGUUCCAGCGACGAGGCCGACCCCGACGCCGACCCCUUCAUCACGCUCAUCGCCGACCUCCGCGCCAGCAACCCCGCGCUCGUCGCCUUCGUGCGGUCCCUCCCCUCCGUCAAGGCGCUCGUCCUCGACUUCUUCUGCGGGUGCGCGCUCGACGCCGCCGAGGAGCUCGGGCUCCCGGCCUACCUGUUCUUCACGUCCGGCGCCUCGCCGCUUGCUGCCUACCUGCACAUCCCCGUCAUGCGGUCCGACGUCUCGUUCGGGGACAUGGGCCGCUCCUUGCUGCACUUCCCAGGCGUCCACCCGGUCCCGGCCUCCGACUUGCCGGAGGUCCUGCUUGGUCCUCGCAACGAGCAGUACGAGGCAACUAUUGGUCUCUUCGAGCAGCUGCCCAGAGCGAAGGGCAUACUGGCGAACACGUUCGAGUGGCUGGAGCCCCGCGCCGUGAAGGCGAUCCAAGAGGGGAGCCCCCGCCCUGGCGAGCCGGUGCCGAGGCUGUUCUGCGUCGGCCCGUUGGUCGGCGAGGAGAGGCGAGGGGAGGGGAAGCACGAGUGCCUGACAUGGCUGGACGCGCAGCCGGCGCGGAGCGUGGUCUUCCUCUGCUUCGGGAGCGCGAGCUCUGUGCCGGCGGAGCAGCUGAGGGAGAUUGCGGUGGGGCUCGAGAGGAGCGGGCACGCGUUCCUCUGGGCCGUGCGCGCGCCCGUCGCGCCGGACGCCGACUCGACGAAGCGGUUCGAGGGCCGGGGCGAGGCGGCGCUGGAGGCGCUGCUCCCGGAGGGAUUCCUGGACCGGACGCGCGGGCGCGGGCUGGUGGUGCCGACGUGGGCGCCGCAGGUGGAGGUGCUGCGGCACCCGGCGACCGGCGCGUUCGUGACGCACUGCGGGUGGAACUCGACGCUGGAGGCGGUCACGGCGGGGGUGCCGAUGGUGUGCUGGCCGAUGUACGCGGAACAGCGGCUGAACAAGGUGUUCAUCGCGGAGGGGAUGGGACUCGGAGUGGUGAUGGAAGGUUACGACCAGGCCAUGGUGAAGGCGGAGGAGGUGGAGGCCAAGGUCAGACUGGUCAUGGAGUCGCAGCAGGGGGAGGAGCUCAGGGAGAGGACGGCGAUGGCGAAGGAUAGGGCCGCCGCCGCGCUGGAGAUCGGCGGGUCGUCAACGACGGCGCUCGUUGACUUCCUGAACAGUUUGGAGAUCUCGACGCACGAUUGAAAGGAUCAGACGAGGCCACGGCACAGGGGCAGAGGUCCACUCUGACACGAACUCUGCGUCUCUCUUUCUCGUGUUCCUCGUGCAGUUGGAAUGGACACUUUUUUUCGGUAAUAAAAGCAGAGCUUUAUUAGCUAGGAAAAAGGUGAACUAGUACAAUCGUUUCGGAUAAGGUCAAUCACGCACGCAGACGCCUGUCUAAACCAAACUGCAGUGAGCACAUUUUAUACUUGGACCAUCUUCAAGUGAUCCAACAGCUGCGCAUGUUCCUUUGCUUCAGCGAUAGGAAAACUGAGUACAGACUUUCCUCAUACAGUCAUACCGUUGCAGGCUGCAGCGCUUUGACUAUCAUUCUCAACGAAGAGUCCGAUUCUACGAUCACGGGCCCCGUCGGCCCUUUCUUCGGAGGGGCAAAAUAGGCCAGUGUAGGACAGUGGCCCGUUCAACUCUGAAGCGACUCAAAAAUUUGGGAUCGGUUUCAGUUU